CCCCUCGUCAUGGCUUUAAAAGGCACGCCCCCUCUCCCCAGGAUCAACAACAGCAACUGGACCCCCAUGUACGUCUUCCUCGGCCUCAUCCCCGUAACAUUCAUCCUCCUCGCCCUCUAUUCCAUGUGGCGCGAUGCGCGCACCCUCGCCCUCGACAUCGAGAUGGCCGCCCUGCCCUCGCAGCGCGAAGCCGUCGCGGCCUCCGAGCGGCCGGGGGUUCCCUCCCGCCGGGUAUCGGCGACCCGUAGGCUCCGGGUGGUGAUCACGGGGCCGAUGUCGCCAGACGUAAAGCGGCGGGCUGACGACUUCGAAGACGUGUCACUUAAGAGCCAGCCUCUCUAG